AUGUUCGGUCCUCUGGGCUUGUCUCUCGCUCCCUAUGUGCGCUCCUCCAAGAGCCUCACAAACCUCCUCACCCCCGUCGCCAACUGGUAUGCCGGCGCCAUGGGAUACAGGAAAUACGGCUUCAAAUACGACGACCUAUUGUGCGAGGAGAACGACCAGGUCCAGCGUGCUUUGGGCCGCCUGACUGACCGUGAGGGCUACGACCGCGCCUACCGCCUGAAACGCGCCUCGCACGCCAGCGUUCUCCACGCCCCCCUCCCCAAAGAGCAGUGGACACCCGAAUCAGACGAUGUCCGCUAUUUGGCCCCCCACGUCGAGGAGGUGAUGAAGGAGGAGAACGAAAGGAAGCUCUGGGACAACCUUGUCGUUGAGAGAAAAUAA